AUGAAAACCACUUUAGAUUCAGCUACUGGAGGGGCUAUAAUGAGCAAGGCUCCUGAGGUGGCUAAUGAGCUAAUAAAAAGAUGGAUGCCAGUAAUUACCAGUGGGGCAUGGAAAGAAAGCCCAACCCGCACAAGUCCACCACCACAGCAGUUUAUCUAUCUUGCAGGGUACACAUACCCUGGAAUACCAUCAACUUCAAAUUUAAGGCAAUAUCAGAGUUAUGUAAAUCCUAUCUUUACUAAGAUUGUAGUAGAACUAAUACCAGUCCCUAAUUUGGAUGAUCUAAAAGAAAAAAAGAAGCUGAGGCCCAAAGAGAAGGAGAUUUUAAAAGCCUCAAAAGCUAAACAAAAGAUAAACUUGUUAGAGAAAAGGUUACAAGCAGUAGAAGGCAUUGGUUCUUAUGGUUUAGUGGAUGCUGCUAGGCUCUGUUUGAUCCUAGAUGUUGUUAUUCCUCAAAAGUUCAAAGUGCCAGAAUUUAAAAAAUACGAUGGCACAAAAUGUCCGAAGACCCACAUUAUCAUGUAUUGUCAAAAAAUGGCUGCCCAUGCUAAGAAUGAGAAACUAUUAAUGCAUGUGUUCCAAGAUAACCUCACGGGCUCUGCUGCUAGGUGGUAUGUCCAGUUGGAUAAGACCCACAUUUGUUCUUAG